AUGGCGACCUCCAGUUCACAGAACAGCUGUACUCUAAAAUCGGUUCAACGUCUCGCCGCCCUGAUGCAGGAUAAUGAAUCAACUGAAUCAUUCUGGCUCGCACUAUCGGAUACCCUCGACAAGACCUUUUCCCACACUUCAUGCACCGUCCUGUCCUACAAUUGCGACUCGCGCCUUCUCCUGCGACUGUACAGCUCCAGGCCCGAUGUGCAUCGGCCUGGUGGAUAUAAACAAGUGACUAGCAGCCACUGGUCCCGGACGGUCUUGGAUGAGGGUCGAAUAUUGAUCGGAUCGAAUCGCGAGGACAUCAAGGCGUAUUUUGCCGAAUACGAAGACUUGUGGGCGAACGGAUGGGAGAGCAUUCUUAACAUCCCAGUCAAGAGAGACGGAAAGACGAUUGGGACAAUCAACAUUAUGAAUGCUUCUGGAGCAUAUGACAAUGCAGAUCAUGCGACUGCCAUAUUAUUUGCACAGUUGACAGUUGCCGCUAUCGAGCGAGCCACCGAAAGAGAAGGCACCUCGCUCACAGAAUUCAAUCAAACGGAGGUUGGCAUCGUAUGA